CCUUAGUUCAAUAGAAGCCAUUGUAGCCAUUUUAUUUUUACCUGCGUACUGACACGCACCUCACCUAACCUCUACUGUUCAGUUAAUUUUUGUACAGCAUCGUGUUAGGAAGAAAUUGUAUAUUACAUUUUAUUAUACUAGAUAGAUAUUGACUACGUCGUGUAGAUUUAAAAUUAAUUGAACAUGGAUCAAAAGUUAUGGCUUCUCGUCGAAUGGGUAGACGACGAAAAGAUAUUUCCUAAUUACGUCGUCGUUAGCAAUCACUAUUUAGCGACAAAGGAGACAGAUCUUCAUACUGGGAAAGUGGUUUUACUUCGUAUCAAGCAUACCCAUGCUGCACGCAAGGCGCGAAUUCUUCGAGUUUCUGAUAACAAAACUGAUAUAAAAGCCUUCAAAGUGUUGAUGGAAAGACAAGACCAUCAAGUGAAAACUGUUCUUACACUGUGUAUGAAUGCUGUAAAAGAGAUGAAAUCGAUUCCAAUGCUUUUAGCUGAAAAUCCCAUGCCAAAUCAGAGCGCACCAAGUACGAGCACUCACAAUGACGAUGAAAUUAUUGCCAGUGGCAGCCAUAUCGACCAAGAGAUGAACCUCGACAGGGGCGCAGAGCCGAUAACAAAUGACCAAAGAAGUCGAUUAUUGAACGACAAAUCUAUGAUACGUAACCUUAGAUCAGUUGUCACCAGUACUCCUCUACCCGAUACAAGCGCUCAGAAUCUUAAGCUUACAUUCGAUCAAGGAACGCAGACCGACCCUAAACUCGGUGAACCUUCAGCAGUGAAUUUAGUAGAACUGGAAACGGCAUUAAGACACUUUUACGACCAGAUCAUGGUUUUGCUAUCUAAUAUUGACACAAAUGAAAGUCAAUCAACAACGGAUAGGACAUCUGAAGAUGGUGGACUAGAUGAAAAUGAAGAGAGUUCAGAAUCCGAAGAACCGACCAUUGUUCGUCAAAAUACGUCAAGUGUUGAGUCCGAAACGGAUAAGAUGGCUGGCGGCUUAAAAAUACGGAGAGUAUCAGCGCAGACUACUAACGCAAAUUUGCCAUUGUCGGUUAACAAUGUUGAUAUGGUUUCAAUUGGAAACGGCAAUGUCACCGUGCCUGCCAGACUAAUGGCAGAAAUCGAUUGGACUUGCCACACUUCAGCGACGAGACAAUUGUUGCAAGCCGUCUUUUCUAGAAGAAUUCUAGCCACUCAUUCCAUAACUGGAAAGAAGUCACCAGCGUUUGCGAACAAACGACCGAAAAAUCAAUUGGACCCCAAAUUAGUAGACGAUAUUGUCAACACCGUCGCUAAAAGGUGCAAUGUUCCUAAAAGUAUUGUUAGGAAAUCCAUUAUGACGAAAUGUACGGACGAAGCAAAGUUAUAUAGAAAUCGUCAACGGUACAGAAAAAAGCGCGAACAACAAAACCGAGAGAACAUCCCGCCAUCUUCUGCGUCAUCGGAUGAAUCCACCACUGCUUAAGAUUCAGGAGACAAAGAUCUAAUAUCAAUUUGUACCAUUUAUUCAUCAAUUAAAAAUAUGUAAUAACUUUUAAAUAAAUUGAUAUUUUCGCUCGCAUA